AUGGAGACUUAUAAAAAUCCACAAAUAGAAGGUGUCACUGAAUUAUUUUCUAUAUUGAAUGUUCAAACAGUUCAAGAUUAUCAAGACAAUCUGAAAGAAACUGAACCAGAAAACGCAAAUCUCUCGGAAGAUGACGUUUUAAAACACGCUAAACAAUUAAUAAGCUCUAGCAUAAGUAAUCAGCAGCUAGCUGGAGCUUUCAUAAUGCGCAGUCUAGCCAACAGAAGUUUCUAUUCAAAAAAUUAUUCGAUCUAUUGUCUUGCCAUUACUUAUUCAAUUAAUUCCAAGCUCUGAUGAGCCUCUUGCAUUUGAGAUUUCAUGAAUUUUAAUAAAUAUCUCAGAGGGCGAUAA